GCCUGGCGCGGCGCGCGGGCGGCAGGAAGGGCGGGGACCGAUUUCCCCCUCUGGGUGGUGCCAGUCCGCACCUCAGCGGCCCUUGGACCCGUGGAUGAGAUGGACUGACAGAGCGCGAGACAGACGUACACGUGCAGGAGCCGGCGGGCAAGAGCUGGAGUCGGGUCGCCUGGCGGUGCUUCUCGCCUGGACGCUCCCGGGCCGCCUCGGGCCGCGCGCGCCGAUGCCCGGCUGAGUCACCGGCCGGGCAGCGCGCGGGUGGAAAGGGGCGGAGGGAGCGUGGCCGGCAGGCUGACGGGACGCUCGGCUGGGCCUGGCCGCAGGUGACCCGGAGGCUCUCGCCGCCCGAGGCGCCCCGAGAGCUUUGUGACCAGAUGCGGAGCCCAGCGGAGGGCGCGAGCCAGAUGCGGGGCGACAGCUGACUUGCUGCGAGGUGGCGGUGAGGCGCGGAGCGUGCGGGUGGUCCCUGCGCGAUUGACUUCUCCUCCGCCGGUUCCUGGGCACCACCGCAAGAUAAACUUCUCACUAUGAAGUCCCCUGCUGUGCUUGCACCUGGCAUCCUUGUGCUUCUGUUUACCUUGGUGCAGAAGAGCAAUGGAGAGUGUAAAGAGGCACUAGUAAAGUCCAAGAUGAAUGUGAACAUGCAAUAUCAGCUUCCUAACUUCACUGCAGAAACACCCAUUCAGAAUGUCGUUUUACACAAGCAUCACAUUUACCUUGGUGCUGUUAACUACAUUUAUGUUUUAAAUGACAAAGACCUUCAGAAGGUUGCUGAGUACAAGACUGGGCCCGUGCUGGAACACCCACAUUGUUUCCCGUGUGAGGACUGUAGCCACAAAGCCAACUUAUCAGAUGGCGUUUGGAAAGAUAACAUCAACAUGGCUCUGCUUGUUGACACAUACUAUGAUGACCAACUCAUUAGCUGCGGCAGUGUCCACAGAGGGACCUGCCAGCGACAAGUCCUUCCACCUGACAAUACUGCUGACAUACAGUCAGAGGUUUAUUGCAUGUACUCCCCACAGACAGAUGAAGAGCCCGGCCAAUGUCCCGACUGUGUGGUGAGUGCCCUGGGAACCAAAGUCCUGCUGUCUGAAAAGGAUCGGUUCAUCAACUUCUUCGUGGGCAAUACCAUAAAUUCUUCUUACCUUCCAGAUCAUUCAUUGCAUUCAAUAUCGGUGAGAAGGCUAAAAGAAACGCAAGAUGGUUUUAAGUUUUUGACAGACCAGUCAUAUAUUGAUGUUCUACCUGAGUUCCAAGAUACCUACCCCAUUAAGUAUGUCCAUGCCUUUGAAAGCAACCAUUUUAUUUACUUUUUGACAGUCCAACGGGAAACUCUAGAUGCUCAGACUUUUCACACAAGAAUAAUCAGGUUCUGUUCCGUAGACUCUGGAUUGCAUUCCUACAUGGAAAUGCCUCUGGAGUGUAUUCUCACGGAAAAGAGAAGAAGGAGAUCCACCAAGGAGGAAGUGUUUAAUAUUCUCCAAGCUGCAUAUGUCAGCAAGCCUGGGUCCCAGCUCGCUAAGCAAAUAGGUGCCAACCUGAAUGAUGACAUUCUCUACGGGGUGUUUGCACAAAGCAAACCAGAUUCUGCAGAACCAAUGGAUCGCUCUGCUGUCUGUGCGUUCCCUGUCAAAUAUGUCAAUGAGUUUUUCAACAAGAUUGUCAACAAAAACAAUGUGAGAUGUCUCCAGCAUUUUUAUGGCCCUAACCAUGAACAUUGCUUCAAUAGGACACUUUUGAGAAAUUCAUCGGGCUGUGAAGUGCGCAAUGAUGAAUAUCGAACGGAGUUUACCACUGCUUUGCAGCGCGUUGACUUAUUCACGGGCCAAUUCAACCAGGUCCUCUUAACAUCCAUAUCCACCUUCAUUAAAGGAGACCUCACCAUCGCUAAUCUCGGGACGUCAGAGGGUCGCUUCAUGCAGGUUGUGGUUUCUCGAUCAGGAUUGUCAACCCCUCAUGUGAAUUUUCUCCUGGAUUCCCACCCUGUGUCUCCAGAAGCGAUUGUGGAGCACCCACUAAACCAAAAUGGCUAUACACUGGUUGUCACUGGGAAGAAGAUCACCAAGAUCCCGCUGAACGGCUUGGGCUGUGAACAUUUUCAGUCCUGCAGUCAGUGCCUCUCUGCUCCUUCCUUUGUGCAGUGUGGCUGGUGCCAUGAUAAAUGUGUGCAGUUGGAGGAAUGCCCAGGUGGAAUAUGGACUCAAGAGAUCUGUCUGCCUACAAUCUACAAGGUUUUCCCAACUAGUGCCCCCCUUGAAGGAGGGACGACGCUGACCAUAUGUGGCUGGGACUUCGGAUUCAGGAGGAAUAAUAAAUCUGACUUAAAGAAAACCAAAGUUUUCCUUGGGAACGAGAGUUGCACCUUGACCUUAAGUGAGAGCACGACAAAUACGUUGAAAUGCACAGUUGGUCCUGCAAUGAAUGAGCAUUUCAAUGUGUCCAUAAUUAUUUCAAACAAUCGAGGGACAGCACAAUAUAGUACCUUUUCCUAUGUGGAUCCUAUAAUAACAAGUAUUUCUCCAAGUUACGGUCCUAAAACUGGUGGCACUUUACUUACUUUAACUGGAAAGCACCUAAACAGUGGGAAUUCUAGACACAUUUCAAUUGGUGGAAAAACAUGUACUUUGAAAAGUGUGUCAGAUAGUAUUCUCGAAUGUUAUACCCCAGCCCAAACCACUCCAACUGAGUUUCCUGUUAAAUUGAAAAUUGACUUAGCCAACCGAGAGAUAAACAGCUUCAGUUAUCGGGAAGACCCCGUUGUCUACGAAAUACAUCCCACUAAAUCUUUCAUUAGUGGUGGGAGCACAAUAACAGGUGUUGGAAAAUACCUGAAUUCAGUUAGUGUCCUGAGGAUGGUAAUAAAUGUUCAUGAAGCAGGAAGGAACUUUACCGUGGCAUGUCAGCAUCGCUCUAAUUCAGAGAUAAUCUGCUGUACAACUCCUUCACUACAACAGCUGAACCUACAACUCCCUGUGAAAACCAAAGCCUUUUUCAUGUUAGAUGGGAUCCAUUCCAAACACUUUGAUCUCAUUUAUGUACAUAAUCCUGUGUUUAAGCCUUUUGAAAAACCAGUGAUGAUCUCAAUAGGCAAUGAAAAUGUACUGGAAAUUAAGGGAAAUGAUAUUGAUCCUGAAGCAGUUAAAGGUGAAGUGUUAAAAGUUGGGAAUAAGAGCUGUGAGAAUAUACACUCGCAUUCUGAAGCCGUUUUAUGUACGGUCCCCAAUGACCUGCUGAAAUUGAACAGCGAGCUAAAUAUAGAGUGGAAGCAAGCAGUUUCUUCAACCGUCCUUGGAAAAGUAAUAGUUCAACCAGAUCAGAAUUUCACAGGAUUGAUUGUUGGUGUUGUCUUAAUAUCAAUAAUACUCUUAUCACUCGGGCUUUUCCUGUGGCUGAAAAAGAGAAAGCAAAUUAAAGAUCUGGGCAGUGAAUUAGUUCGCUAUGAUGCAAGAGUACACACUCCUCAUUUGGAUAGGCUUGUAAGUGCCCGAAGUGUAAGCCCAACUACAGAAAUGGUUUCAAAUGAAUCUGUAGACUACCGAGCUACUUUUCCAGAAGACCAGUUUCCUAACACAACUCAGAAUGGAUCAUGCAGACAAGUGCAGUAUCCUCUGACAGACCUAUCCCCCAUCCUAACUAGUGGGGACUCUGAUAUAUCCAGUCCAUUACUGCAAAAUACGGUCCACAUUGACCUCAGUGCUCUAAAUCCAGAACUGGUCCAGGCAGUUCAGCACGUAGUGAUUGGGCCGAGCAGCCUAAUUGUCCAUUUCAAUGAAGUCAUAGGAAGAGGACAUUUUGGGUGUGUAUAUCAUGGGACUUUGUUGGACAAUGAUGACAAAAAAAUUCACUGUGCUGUGAAAUCCUUGAAUAGAAUCACUGACAUAGGAGAAGUUUCCCAGUUUCUGACCGAGGGAAUCAUCAUGAAAGAUUUUAGUCAUCCCAAUGUUCUCUCACUCUUGGGAAUCUGCCUUCGAAGUGAAGGGUCUCCGCUGGUGGUCCUACCAUACAUGAAACAUGGAGAUCUUCGAAAUUUCAUUAGAAAUGAGACUCACAACCCAACUGUAAAAGAUCUUAUUGGCUUUGGUCUUCAGGUGGCCAAAGGCAUGAAAUAUCUUGCAAGCAAAAAGUUUGUCCACAGAGAUCUGGCUGCAAGAAACUGCAUGCUGGAUGAAAAAUUCACCGUCAAGGUUGCUGAUUUUGGUCUUGCCAGAGACGUGUAUGAUAAAGAAUACUAUAGUGUACACAACAAAACAGGUGCAAAACUUCCAGUGAAGUGGAUGGCUUUAGAAAGCCUGCAAACUCAGAAGUUUACCACCAAGUCAGAUGUGUGGUCCUUUGGCGUGCUCCUCUGGGAACUGAUGACAAGAGGAGCACCACCUUAUCCGGACGUCAACACCUUUGAUAUAACAGUUUACUUGUUGCAAGGCAGAAGGCUCCUGCAACCCGAAUACUGCCCAGAUCCCUUGUAUGAAGUGAUGCUGAAAUGCUGGCACCCUAAAGCUGAGCUGCGCCCAUCCUUUUCAGAAUUGGUCUCCAGGAUAUCAGCGAUAUUCUCCACUUUCAUUGGGGAGCACUACGUCCAUGUGAACGCUACUUACGUGAAUGUCAAGUGUGUCGCCCCAUAUCCUUCUCUGUUGUCCCCACAAGAGCAUGUCAAUGGCGAGGGGGACACAUGAUGGAUGGACGCAUCUGCACCACUGGCCCCUUCUGAGAAACAUCAUCCAAACAACAGUCCACACGCUGUCCAAUAUUUUUUUCACUGCCUCGCCACUGAAAGGCCACCAGAUAUUUUUUGCUUUUGCCAAAGUUGCACUAUUAUAGGACCUUCUAUUGUUAUUUAAAAUGACUGGACUCUAAUAAAUUUCUCAUUUGACAAAGCAUCAGAGGUAGACACUUGGUCCCACAGGCCAGUGACCAACAGCAGUCCCACAGCUAUGAUGACGCUCCUGACAAAACCUGAAUGCUGGGUUGAACUUAAAAAUCGGAAUCCCAUCUGAUUCCUACAAGGAACUGAAGUAAUGAAUUUUUGAAGACUUCUUGAUCACAGAAAAUUCAGAAAAAGUGGUAAUGUCCAGGACAGACAUGGCAGCCCCAGGACCAGGCCACUCAUUUAAAAUUAAAGUGUUUCAAAGAACUUUUAUAUGUUGUGUGGUCACUAACAUUUUCCAUUACUGAUGUCAUUUGCCCAUUGGGUAAACAUUCCCUUUUAAAUUUUUGCCUACACAUUCCUUUUAUUGGAGAACUACCCAUGGACAACACAGUCAACGUUUCAAAACACCAGGGCGUGAAAUGUGUUUAUAAAUGAGUAGGAAUAUUUACAUAUUGUACAUAGACAACAUUAGGUUUUCAUAAAAUAUCUUAGCUACAAUGAAAUAUUUAAUUGUCAUUUAAAAAACCAACUGAGAAUGUUGCUAUUCUGAUCUGAAUGUGGACAUUUAGAUGUUUUGUCUGAUUUUUUUUUAAUGACGACUCUGGAAAUAAAACAAGUAAUUUGUGAUGAUAAAUGUCUUUAAAGGUAAUGCAGCAUGUUUUUAAAGCUGAAUACAUCCAACUGAAAGUUUCAUUGGUUCCAAUCAGGACUCAUAAAGGAGCGAUGGACUGGAAAUAUUAGCCUCUUUCUCAGGUGGCAGCUUCCACCCCACAAUUAGAGACAAUUUUGCAUUAGGACAUGUGUUUUUUUAAGCAAAAAAGGUGAUUGAAAGUUCUGGCCAUUUCACCUGGAUGAACAGUUACUCUGGUCAGGACUUUUGUGAUGUUUUUGUUCUGUGAGAUUUUGUGCUUACUACUGUAUAAUGCAUGUGGCACAGGAUACUCUUAACUGGUUUUGUCGAUGUAAACAUUUAAAGUAUUAUAUUUUUAUAAAAAUGUUUAUUUUUAAUGAUAUAAGAAAACUUUUGUUAGGCCACAAAAAUACUGCACUGUGAACAUUUCAGAAAAGGUAUGUCAGACUUGGAUUAAUCACAGCAUGAUUUUAAAUGGCUGUAAAUAGUGAUAAGGAAAUGUACUGACAGCCAGUACACCCCACCCUCAUUACAUCACCAGGACUUGAAGCCAGGGGUUAACACAGCAAGCUAUAAAGAUGGUGUGUUACACUAAAAAUCCAAUAGUAGAGUUGGGCUAUUGUUGCAAGAGAGUGAUUACAACCAAAAGCUCUUUGACACUGGUGCAACUUACCAGAAGACACAAGGAAUUGUACUGCAGAGACAUUCCAAUACAGAUACUACAAUUUCAGAAGUGUGAAGAGUAAUACUAAUUCACAGAAUAUUGUAAGUGAUGGAUGAGGAGGAAAAAAAUCUGCUCUGUAGAAAGAAAUAACCGUCUCUGCUGAUGUCAAUAGAACAGUGAAUAUAUCAAGAAUAGAGCUUAUGGAAACAACCCACCAACAAGACUGCACACCUGUAUAUAUGCCUGAGAAAGCUACAAUGUGAAAUCAUGUUUGCUAUUUAUAAACAUGUCCUUAGGUUAACGUGUCUGGACAGAUUAUGAGAGUAAGUGAUUCUUCUAAGAAUUAAAUACUUGUCACUGCCUAUACCUGCAGUUGAGCUGAAUGGUACUUUGUAUGUUAAUAGUUGUUGUUCUGAUAAAUCAUACAAUUAAAGUGAUGUAUCAUCUUGUACACUGA